UUUUGUGUGAUAUUAAAAGGCAUUGAAUUAUUGUAUGGCAAUAGAGAUAUACAGUAAUACUAACUAAUAGACUGUAAUAAAAAAGUCUAUCAAAUAAUAAUUGAAUUGUACUUUCAAUCAGACCAUUGUUUUUGUUAAUUAAUUAAUUGUCUUUCAUCUGAUCCACCACUGAACUGGUCACCCGUUUUUUUUGUAACCAUCAAAUAAACAACAUAUCGUCAUCUAAUUGUUUGUUUCAAUACCACAGUCAACACAUCCAAACACAGACACAAUAUGAGUGAUGACAACAAACAAGCCGCAUUGUCGGCCAAAACUGUUGGCAACGAGUUUUACAAGAAGAAACAGUUUGCCGAAGCCAUCGAACAGUACUCGAAGGCCAUUGAAUUGGAUCCAAACGAAAUGACCUACUAUUUGAAUCGGGCGGCCGUCCAUUUUGAGCUCAAAGAGUACGAUAAGUGUGUGAAAGAGUGCGAGACUGCCGUAGACAUUGGCCGAGAGAAUCGUCAGGACUACAAGAUUAUUGCCAAGGCUUAUACCCGAAUGGCCAACGCCUACCAGAAACUCGACGACUUGGCCAACGCUAAGACCUACUACCAGAAGUCAUUGACCGAACACCGGACGCCCGAAACACUGUCCAAAUUGUCUGAAAUCGAAAAGGUACUCAAAGAGAAGGAACGACUCGCUUAUAUUGAUCCAGAAGUGGCUUUACAGCAGAAGAAUUUAGGAAAUGAAUUUUUUAAAAAAGGUGAUUAUCCCAAUGCCAUAAAACAUUACAGCGAAGCCAUUAAACGCAAUCCCGAAGACGCGAAACUGUUCUCCAAUAGGGCCGCGUGUUAUCAAAAGUUGGCCGAAUUUCAAUUGGCGGUCAAAGAUUCGGAACAAUGUAUUAAAUUGGAACCGGAAUUUGUUAAGGGACACAUCCGUAAAGGCUAUGCACUGUUGGCGUGCAAAGAGUUUUCAAAAGCCCAGACAGCCUUUGAGAAGGCCAUGGAAAUCGAUAAAAAUAAUCAGGAAGCUAUGGAUGGCUUCAAAAAGUGUAUACUAAGCACCGGAUCCAAUCCCGAAGAGACACGCAAACGAGCAAUGGCUGAUCCAGAGGUUCAACAGAUUCUGGGCGAUCCGGCAAUGAGAAUGAUAUUGGAACAGAUGCAAACUGAUCCCAAAGCAGUCCAAGAACAUCUGAAGAACCCGGAGAUACAGUCAAAGAUCUACAAACUGAUGGAAUCGGGACUCAUUGCCAUCCGAUGAUGAGGAGGAAGAUGAGGUACAACAACAACAACAAAACACCAUCGC